GAGAGGAAAACAAAAGAGAUUGGAAUUAGGGUUUAGACUCCGGCGAAGAAGAAGAUCUCAAAGCGUCGAAGAGAGAAAAGAUGUCGUCGACUCUCCUCGAGCAAACUCGCUCCAAUCAUGAAGAGGUUGAGAGAUUGGAGCGAUUGGUUGUGCAAGAUCUACAGAAAGAGCCACCGUCCAGCAAGGACAGAUUGGUCCAGGGUCAUCGUGUUCGUCACAUGAUUGAGUCUAUCAUGCUCACCACUGAGAAACUUGUCGAAACCUAUGAAGAUAAGGAUGGGGCGAGGGAUGAUGAGAUUGCAGCGCUUGGUGGCCAGACUGCGACAGGGACAAAUGUGUAUAGUGCAUUUUAUGAUCGUUUGAAAGAGAUACGUGAAUAUCAUAAAAGGCAUCCUUCUGGACGUCUUGUUGAUGCUAAUGAAGACUACGAAGCACUCCUGAAGGAGGAACCAGUUAUUGCGUUUAGUGGAGAGGAAGGCAAUGGUCGGUACUUGGACUUGCAUGAUAUGUAUAACCAGUACAUCAACUCUAAAUUUGGGGAAAGGGUUGAAUAUUCUGCUUACCUUGAUGUUUUUUCUCAACCAGAGAAAAUCCCGCGUAAACUGAAGUUAUCGAGGCAAUACAGGAAGUAUAUGGAAGCUCUGCUAGAGUACUUGGUCUACUUUUUCCAGCGAACCGAGCCGUUGCAAGAUCUUGACCGGAUACUUUCUAAGGUUUGGUCUGAUUUUGAAGAGCAAUAUGCAGAUGGAAAAGUAGAAGGCUGGGAGAAUGGCCAGGACAAUGAACUUGUUUCAUCUCAGCAUACGGUCAUAGAUCUUGAUUACUACAGUACAGUCGAGGAACUGGUAGAUGUAGGACCUGAAAAGCUUAAGGAGGCAUUGGGGGCAUUAGGACUGAAGGUUGGUGGUACUCCGCAGCAGCGUGCCGAGAGACUUUUCCUGACAAAGCAUACGCCUUUGGAAAAGCUGGAUAAGAAACAUUUUGCCAAAGCUCCACACAACGGGAAACAAAACGGAGAUGCCAAAUCAACACAUGAGUCUGAAAAUGCUAAAGAGAUUGCACUAAUAGAGGCGAAAGUGAAGAAACUCUGCAAUUUACUUGAUGAGACCAUUGAAAGGACAAAACAAAACGUUGUAAAGAAACAGUCGUUGACAUAUGAAGAAAUGGAGGGAGAACGUGAAGGGGAGGAAGCUAAUGCCGAAUCAGAAAGUGAUGACGAGGACGGUGAGAUUUACAAUCCGCUGAAGCUGCCAAUAGGUUGGGAUGGGAAGCCUAUACCAUACUGGCUCUACAAACUUCAUGGCCUUGGCCAGGAGUUUAAAUGCGAGAUAUGUGGGAACUAUAGCUAUUGGGGAAGAAGGGCGUUUGAGAGACAUUUUAAAGAAUGGCGACACCAACACGGAAUGCGUUGUCUCGGAAUCCCAAACACAAAGAACUUCAACGAAAUCACUUCAAUUGAGGAAGCGAAGGAGUUGUGGAAGAGGAUACAGGAGAGGCAAGGAGUGAACAAAUGGAGGCCAGAACUUGAAGAAGAAUAUGAAGAUCGUGAAGGUAACAUUUACAACAAGAAGACUUACUCUGAUCUUCAACGCCAAGGUCUCAUCUGAUUGAUCACAUCUGAUUGAUGAAAUCUUCCCUCCGUCACUUAAAUCAUGUCUACCUUUCUACUUUUGUAAAAUCGAACCAUUCGCCAUCUUUUUGUGAGGUUUCGUCACCUUUAGACAGUUUUUAGUUUUAGGUAAGCUUGACUAUGGUGUAUGUUUUUUGAAUUGACUAUCACAACCGAGGAUAUAAAAUUUGUUUUUGUAU